AUGGCAGGGCCUGCUAGGCUACGGACUUUUGAUAUAAAUGCGGUUGCCAAAGUCCCAACCGACGCCAUCGCUGAAAUCACUGAGAAAUGCGCCGACUGGGAGAUCACCAGCACUCCCGCCGAGACGAAUACGCCUAAAGUGAAGAACAUGGAUCCGCCAUGCUCACAGAUCCCAGACUCGCCAACGCAAACGAUGCAGACAGUGCAGAUGGUGCAGACGAUGCAGCCUCGACCCGCGUCUCGCCCAACCUCUGCGACCAACCCGGGGCUUCCUUCUCGCUCAGCGUCUCGAAGCACAGCCCGGUCUCGGCCAGCAAGUCGCCAUGGUUCUCUUCAUUCACCUCGACGACCAACAGUCAGCCCUAGCAUCGUCACAGUGCCAGCCCGGAGCUCACAACCUGUCGAUCACCGAGAGUCAUUACUGGCGUUACACCGAGAAUCAUGUCGUCUGUUCCAAGAUCCGGCAUCAGCUGCUAUUGUGGAUUCUCGGCUUGCAUCUACCUACAAGCCUCGACGGGAAAGUAGUCACUCCUCGGACGUAUCAGCACCCCCCUUCCCCGGUGGCUUCUUCUCGGUCGAGUUGUAUUGCAGACUAUGA